AGACGUUUCUGCGAUUUGCUCUCAUCGCACUUUGCUCGACACCGAAGACCAAAUCACUUUUCCCAUUCGGACAUCCACCUCUUUCAAGGGGUCUUUGGCAGGGCUCCAGGUGACGUCGCAAUUGACGCAGUCACCAUGGCAGUCAACGGUCAUCGGCCACCUGAUGGCUUCAACACAACGUUUCCCUCGCCCUCUGCUGCUCCACCACGGUCGUUCUCAAUCGAAGGGUUCCGCAUCACGACCCAGAAGUUGCCCAUCUUGAAGGCCGGCCCUAUCGAAGAGAUGACGAACAAGCUGGGGAUAGCUCCACCUGAAAUGAUCUUUGGCGAUAACUUCGUGGCUAUUGAACACGCACCCUCGCACUGGGGAAUCAAAUUUGAUGCCUUUGGGGCACUAGAUCGAGUUGACAAGACAGGGGAGAGGCGGCUGAAGGUCGCCUACUCCCGAGAAUGGCAACAAAGCAGAGAAGACGCGCAUGACAUCAAAGAAGUUAUCAAACCAUUCGACUGGUCCUAUACCACUGACUAUAAAGGUGAUCUUGCGGAGGGGAGCCCCGAUUUCCAUACCGCCACUGAAGCCAUCCCUCUCGAGCUAUUAAGACGACCAGAUCCCAUUCUGUUCUUCGAUGACGUGAUCCUGUACGAGGACGAGCUUGCUGAUAAUGGCAUUGCCAUGCUGUCGUGCAAGAUCCGCGUCAUGCCUGGGCGCCUACUCCUCCUCUGCCGGUUCUUCAUGAGGCUGGACAAUGUGUUGGUCAGACUGCGCGAUACCCGGCUAUACAUCGACUUCGGGAAGAAGGAGGCAAUCAGAGAAUACAUCGCAAAGGAGGAAGCGUAUGACAAGGUUCGCGAUGAAUUGGCGAACAGGAGGGAUGAUGUGACCGCAGUGCUACGAGAUGCAAAUCAAAUGGGCGAUAUCUUACCCGUCGUCGAAAAGACUCUUGAACGAGUCCAACUGAGAACGUAAGGGAGCCGCCGACACGCGAAUCCAUAAAUGAACGGGACAAUCCCCAUCUAUGUGCGAUCGAAAAUGCAGGUUUUGGGUUGCUGAGGAAGCGAUGAUCCUUGGUCCAUUCAGGAAACCACCGGCUCAGUGGGGAUGUCGCGCAGGACAAUAGAGAGACGAGGUGCCCGGAACCCACGUUGUGGUCAUUGUGGUUCCACUGGACGGGAGCCUACAAGUAUUCAUCAACAUCCCAGUCGCAGCCCGGGUUUUGUCAGUCCAAAUAAAAAGGGUGCAGCUCUGCAAAAGUGGAACCACGUCUGUGAUGGUACCUAGGAAGGACGGGCAAAUGGCCCUUCCUGACGCUACCUAUACACUAGCAUGGCCGCGAUGACCGGGAUGCGGUUCCUUGCGAACGAGGAAAGGCAGCGCGGGCAGGGAUGUAUCGAAGCGGUCGACUGUGCCCGGGCAUAAAGGACAUACUUUGCCAGGAUUCAUGCAAGGCUGCAUGUAGCCACAUCAAUGUACCGAGUACGAUAUGGAGCAUCAGCCCCAGCACCUGGCUUCUGUCGGGGUUUAAAUCCGAGUGCCUUUCCGUGGUCCCUGCAUCCUCCUUGUAUUUG